AUGGAAAAUCACAAUAUUUCUCGGGAACUGGAUUUUAGUAAGCUGGUCGAGAAAUACCCGGAAUUGCGGCCGUGGUUCCAUCAUAACCGCUUUGAAUGGCACGACAACAGUGCCGUGGUAUUAAUUACUAGAAUCCUGCUCCAAGAAUGGGGGCUCCAGGUCCAGAUCGACUCAAAUCGUCUGUGUCCGCGACUAUUCAACAGACUCGACUAUCUCGACUUUAUGCACGAUCUGCUCGGCAGUUUCAAAAACACAGUCGGUCUGGACGUGGGCACGGGCCAUCUAGCAAUCUAUGCGCUUCUGGGCGCCAAACUAUACGGUCUUGAGUUUGUUGCGUCCGACAUCGAUCGCGAAUCGCUGCGACUGGCCGAAUCCAACAUCAGCCGCAACGGUUUGGGAUCUGCAGUCACCCUUGUGCAUAAUGAACCAUCGGAGUCAUUUUUCGAUUGCCUGGUUUCCCGGCUUGGGCCAAAACACGGGUUUGUCAUGUGCAACCCGCCGUUCUACUCGUCGGCCACCGAAAUGCGCCAGCGUGCAGACCUGAAAGCCGACGCGCGUGCCGUUUCAGCCAUGGCAAACGAGCUCGUCGUGGAGGGCGGCGAGAUCGCGUUUGUGAGUCGCAUGAUCCGCGAGAGUGAGUCCCACAAAGAGUCCAACAUCACGUGGUUCACCAGUCUGUUGGGAAAAUACGACUCUUUGAAACCGCUUGUUUCGUUGCUGCGUUCAAAGAAGAUAGACAACUUUGGUGUCCAUGCGUUUCGCAGCAGCCUCACACAAACAGGAACACAGCGAUGGAUACUGUUCUGGUCGUUCAAGCCAGACCGACCAAAAGCCGACCUGUUCAACAGCAUUGUGACUCAGAAAGUGCGUCGUGAAUUCAAGUGCAACCAGAAAAAUUUGAAAGAAAGACUCCAUGCCUUGGACAGCAUAGACGUCUCAGAGCCUAACCAAAGCUCGCUCGUUCUCCAAGUGCCGGGGAACGUUUGGUCGCGGUCCUACAGACGCCAGAAACGGUACGCUGAGGACCAAAUGCGCGUGAAAAUCACGUUUGAUGAAAAUACCGUGGUGACCUGGAAAAGCGGCCUCAAUUACCAGCUUUUCGAGAGUUUUUGUAACUGGUGUAAAGAAUCGACAUGA